AUGAGUGAUCAAGUGGAAGGACUCUGCGAGAAAAGCAGUUCUGCCCAGGAAGCACUUGUAAAAGGAAAUGUCACUUCUGCUAAGGAUGACUCAAUAUCACAAAAACAAAUGCAAAAACUCGAAAAACAAUUAAAAUGCUUAGCCUUCCAAAAUCCAGGACCCCAGGUAGCUGACUUCAAUCCUGAAACUAGAGAGCUGAAAAAGAAAGCAUGCGUGUCACAGAUGGGACAAAAAAAUUUUUGUAAGCCCAAAACUACAAGGAAAUAUGACAAACAUGGCAGGCUGCUCUGUAAUAACAUCGAUUUGUGUGAUUGCCUGGAAAAAAACUGCCUGGGUUGCUUCUAUCCUUGCUCCAAAUGCAAUUCAACCAAAUGUGGACCAGAAUGUCGCUGCAACAGGAAAUGGGUUUAUGAUACAAUUGAGACUGAAGCUGGGAAUGUGAUCAGCAUGUUGCCAUUUUUUGUCCCUGAUUGA